AUGAUCAUGAUAGUGGUGCCGAAAGUUGCAUUCGGUUACCCAGACGUCGGAUCACUGAUCACCGGAAUGGCGGAGCUAGUAUUCCAGAUCAACAACUGCGUCGGAAUGCUGAUUUUCCCAUUCAUGUUUUCACUAUGGUCCUUCUGCAACACUUUGCGAAAUGAGAAUAGCACCAUGCAGUACUUUCAGCAUAUGGAGGAGAACUUCUAUGGCCUCGACACUAGAACUACCUUUCUGCCCUCGUUGUUCGUUGGGUUGCUGAUGCUCCCGAUGAUCUAUAUGUGUGGACUGACUGGAGGGGUGAAGAUGGCCAUGAUCGUCAACAUGAUCGGUUACUGUGCCAUGUGUUUCGAUCUUAUAUCCCUUAAGCUGCAGGAGGUAUCACGUACAGGUACCCACGAGAAGGAGAUGAAAAAGAUCGUGAAGAUGCACCAAGAUGCCCUAGAGUGCACUAAACUAGUGGAGAAGCAAACUUCGCUGGUGCUCCUUCUUCAAGUGGUGCUGUGCGUAUUGAUCUGGAGUUUUAUUCUACUGUUCUUCACAUUCACGGGAGUUCGUAAUUCACAAUCGAUAAACCUGCUUGUUCUGUUUAUGUUUGAUACGGCUGAAACGGUUGCAUAUUGUUACAGUGGCGAUGUACUUUCAUCUGCGGGCUCAUUGGUCGCCAAAGCAGUGUACGAUGUUAACUGGGAAAGCCAAACGGCUGCUGUACAAUCGGAUCUUCAGUUGAUUCUGCUUCGUGCUCAGCGACCCGUUGGAGUUACUGCGGGGAAAUUUAGCUUCAUGAGCAUUGCGCUUUUCGGGAACGGUUUCCGAAAUUCGCAAUCGAUAAACAUCACGGUGCUGUUCCUGUUUGACACCGCGGAAACAGUUGGACUGUGCUACUUUGGAGAAACACUCUUCAGAGAGAGGCCGGUGGGAGUUACUGCUGGAAAGUUUACCUUCACGAAUCUGAAACUGUUUGCGGGUAUUGUGCAAAAAACAUACUCUUUCUACAUUGUGCUGAAAGACGCCAUUUAA